UCUUGUUACUGGCUGUGCACAGCACGCGAAUAACAUACAACAGCUGUCUCUAGUUACACCCCUCUUCGUUCAACUCUAGAACAUAAAAAAGAUAGAUUUAUAACAUUGUGUUUAAUUGUUCACUAGUUCUAAUUAACUCGGCUAGAAUCAUGAGAGGUUUAUAACAUUGUGUUUCAUUGUUCUCAUGCUCUGAUUCCAACUCCGAGAGAAAAACAGAUGAUAAUUUCGGCGGCUCAAGAUAUAUCUUUCAAGAGCUGGUAAUGACUGCAGGUAGCUAUAGAUGUGGAAAUUAUGCUGUGAAAAACAAUGAUAUAAUAUUUUGAUUUAGCGGGAGUCGUGCAUACUGGAAGUUAUGUUUUUGUCUGCGUAACAAAGUGUUUCCAUGGUAAUGGGUCUAAAGAAUAACAUUGUACUGUUUCACCACAUGAAAUAUUCAUGUUGACAAAACAGACUUUAACUGUGAGAACUGGAGAAGAACCACAGAAAAAACUUUAUUUAAUGCAAUACGCGAUCGAUAUUCAAAAUAAUAUAUGAAAGUUUUCCUUUGACUGCACAGCAGCGAUUUUAAAUUUUCUUCCAAGUGGAUAAUUUGUGGUAACGGAAGAAGAACCACAGAACACUGAAUUAAGUAGAAUAAGCGAUCUACAUUCAAAACGGAAACUUUCGUCGGACUAAACCGCAAUUCAUUGGCUGUGCAAAUUGUGAUCUAUAAAAGAUUUCAUCAUAUUAAAACGAUUGGACUUUAAAGGCACAAUUCCAUUUCUGGAUCAGUUUGAGUUUAAACGCAUCUACGAACAACACAAACCUUUAAAUCAUGUUGGAGAUAAUAUUAAGUUUCGUUAACCCUCAAACCACAACUGUAUUGAUAUUUGUAUGUGUGCUGUUAUUGGUGCGAUACGCGUCUAAAAAACCGGCCAACAUUCCACCCGGACCACCCUUGAUACCGUUCAUCGGCUGUCCACAGAUAUUUAUAAGCUCUAUGAAGAAAGCCGAUACAAGACAAGUUUAUAAACUAUUCAGAGAGAAAUAUGGAGAUGUUUUUAGUUUUUAUUUAGGAAGUAGACUGAUUGUUGUAAUCAAUGGAUUUAAUUGUUUAAAGGAAGCAUUUGUAAAGAAAGGAGACGUAUUUUCAGACAGACCUCAUAUGUUUACCACUGAUAAAGUUGGACAGGGACGCGGAAUUGUGAAUACUUCCGGUGAUGUCUGGUGGGAACAAAGAAAGUUUGCUGUUUCCGCUCUCAGACAAUUGGGGUUUGGCAAAACGUCCUUCGAAGCGAAGAUACAGGAAGAAGUGUUUUGUUUCCUGAAAAUGCUGGAUGAAAAAAAUGGUGAAGACGUGAAUCCACAGAAGAUUAUCCAGACGGCUGUGUCUAACAUAAUUUGCUCAAUCGUUUUUGGUGAUCGAUUUGAAUAUAACGAUCCACUUUUCACCAAAUUUUUAGACAUAUUUGACGAGAAUCUCAAAAUGGUGGGUGGUACAUCCCUGCUAAACUUUUUCCCGAUUCUUCAGUAUCUGCCUGGAGAUUUGUUUAAGUUUGAUCGUGUAUUGGAGAAUGUAGAAUUUGUUCAAGGGUUUAUUAGGGAUACGGUGGAGCUUCAUAGACAAAGUUUUAAUCCUAAUAAAGUGAGGGAUUUUAUAGACGCUUAUUUGCUGGAAUUAGACCACAGACGGCGUUCAGAUACACAGACAACGUUUAACUAUGAUCAGUUAGUGAAAGUUAUUGGUGAUUUAUUUGUGGGCGGAACAGAAACCACGGCUACAACUUUACGAUGGGCUCUAAUCUUUCUUGUACGACAUCCUCACAUACAGGAACUCAUGUGCAAGGAAAUGACUAACCACUUAGGUCAAGAUCGAUCUCCAGAUAUGGCGGUAAAACCAAAAUUAAUCUACACCAGAUGCGUCAUUUUAGAAAUACAGAGAAUGGCGGAUAUUGCUCCAUUUUCAGUUCCUCAUGCCACGUCAGAAUCUACUGGUUUCAAAGAUUAUUUUAUACCAAAAGGGACAAUUGUUAUACCCAAUCUCCAUUCCGUGCUCAAAGAUCCGGAGAUCUGGAAGGAUCCAGAAGAAUUCCGACCAGAACGAUUCCUUGAUUCCGAUGGAAAAGUAAACAAACCAGACGAAUUUAUUCCUUUCUUUAUAGGUAGAAGAGCUUGUUUGGGUAAAAAUUUGGCCAAAAUGGAACUUUAUUUGUUUAUCACAACCCUGGUGCAGAACUUUAAAAUAUGUCCACCAACAAGUGGCGAGUUGCCUCCCCUUAAAGGCAAUCCUGGUUUAACUUACACCCCCCAGUCGUACAAAGUUCGUUUCAUCCCCCGAAAUUAAAAGGAAAAAAAUUACCAAGAGAUGAAUAUUCGACGCCAUCUAGUAAUGUGCUUUUUUGGUGUUCAGUCUGUCUGAUGACAGUAAUGCACUCUAGUAGCCCAGAACAACAUAGAACAAACAGUUCAUGGGUACGGCACAACUAAAUAUGCUAGCGACAGCCUCGAGGACACAGUCGAAGUCAAAAUACGUCGAAUUUCAGAAUUAUAUUUUUAAUACAAACUUUAAACAAUAUUCUGCUCACAAGAAAAGAAUGGAACAAAGGUCAACUCUGUUAAACGUCAUUAUGUAAGAUUUAGGUAAAGUGUAAGAUGUGUUUGCUAUAAUAGGUGAAAACUAGAUAAUGGAAAAUGAAUAUAUCGAAAAUCUCAGCCAAAUUACUUCAUUAUGGGUGAACUUAUAACUGUUUGUAGCAACGGUACUUGACAACCGAGACCCAGUCUCGAUUACCCGUUUCAUCGUUAAUUUUUUAAAUAUCACAUGGGUUCAAUCAAAUCCAUUUAAUUCUCGGUCACCCAUGGUCUUGAGAGUUGAUUGUUUGCUUGUCACGUUAAUAAAAGUCUAAAUAAUAGUUUAUAUAACAUUUGAAGUCAAUAGAAACACCUACAAUAGGAAGAUUUGGCUCUUACAUAAAUAUCUUUCAUUUUAGCGUGUCUUAAAGGAGCUAAAUCUCUUUUCUUUGGCAACUAGAAAUGGACACAAAUGGGUCGCAAGGCAUUUAAUAAUGUAAAAUGAAUGUGCAUGUACAUGUAUAUAAACUGAUUUACAUUCAA